CGUAAUAUUAUUUGAAUAAACAAGUAUUAUGAACAAAAAAACACUCCAGUUCUAGUUGGGGUUUCCCUUUCCAUCAAAUUUGAAUCGAGUAGAUGUGUCCAGUCGAGUGAAGAAAUACAUCAAAGCAUAAUAUUGACAAAAAGAAAUCUAUGCGUUGGUCAUCACGAAGAUUUAUUCUAAUUAUGCGUGGCACAGGUGCCCAGUGGCCCAACCUCACUUGGACUGAACAGUAGCAAUGAAGAGAAAGUGCAGAUAGUUUGCAUUCAAAUUUCAUUUGAAAUGUUGAUACGAAAACGCAAUAGUUUUAAAGCACGAUAAUCUACUAAAUAUGGAACCUAUAGAAUACUCAAUCGUUGAAAACAUACCGGUAACUCCGUUGGUAUUUCCCAACAACACCAGUGAGCAAGGCAAGCUCCCAUACGAAGUGGACAUCAAAGAAGUCAUUAGGAAUAACAUCGUAUUCAAAGUGCACUCGCUGGUUUACACGUGUAAUGAUUGUGAUCGUAAAUUCAACAACACCGGUAAUUUCGAGCGCCACGUGCAAACUCAUCGAAACCGCCAACAAGUGUAUCCUUGCGAUGAAUGCAGCAUGCGUUUCACAUCUUACAGCAAAUAUGUACUGCACAGAAAAAAUCACAACAACCUAACGUGCGCGAGUUGUCAGGAGGUGUUCAAAACUGCUACGCAUCUUUCAGUGCAUAGGAGAAAAUUCCACAAACAGGACCGCCCGUUCGAAUGUGAACAGUGCAAAAAGGCAUUCCAAACUAUUUGGAAUUUGAAGCAACACGAACGAUCACACCAGGCGGCUUCCCACCGUUGUGAUUUUUGCUCGAAGGCUUACAAGCGGAAGGAAGAUCUACUGAAGCAUUAUGAAUCGCAUUGAUCUUACCUAUGUUAUACAGUAUCACAAGCUAGUAAGAAGCGGUUAUAAAGUUGAUCAUUGAAUUUCAGCUCGACGCUUAUGAACUGUGUUUAUGCCAAUAACUAAUUGAAGAAGCUAUAUUUUGAAAUGGGCUGAGUGGUAGACUUGCAACUUGGUUCCCACAACUUUGUUCAACAUUUUGCUGUUUGCAAUUUUAUUAUCAUUUAGAGUAGUGAGUGAUAUUAGGGAUACGUUCUAGCGCUGUGAAUAUCGGGCUACGAUCAAUCAUAUUAGACAAUGUAGAAAACUUAUCGCACUGAAUGUCCAUCACAACACAUUUCAAAAUACAACCUCUUGAAUAAGUUAUAGACAAAUAAUAGUCAAACUCUGAUUGAAUAAUCCACACUAUUCUUGGUAAUACAUCAACAAUUUAAAAAAAAUGCAGAUAAAAAUC